AGUAGUAGUCAGUGGGGCAAAAUACUUCAUAAUUUGCUCAAUCAAGAACUCCAAAAAGUAAAAAAAAAAUAAAAAAAUAAAAAAUCCCAUUUUCCUCUUUUAUCUCACCAAGAAAUCCAUCAAUAUUCAAUGUACACUGCAACAUAAUUCCCAUGGAAACUGAUGAACAAGGACUACUAGCAGAUGAAAAUGAAGAAGAAACAAGCUGCAAGAAACAGAAGAUAACACAAAUUGUUGUUGACAAGGUAAAGUUCACUAUCCCAUUAGAACACACAAAUCACAAAGCACAAACUACAAGUGUUGCUACUGAAAGAAGCAAAGAAACUGAUAGUAAAAUGGCCUUAUUUGGAAAUGAAUGGCAAAACAUGGGGACAUUCUUGGGUAGUGAGGAGUUCAAAGGCUUUAGUUCUAACAUGCACAAAUUCCAAGGAAAAGAAACAUCAUGCAUUAUGUCUAAUGUCCAUGGGAUAGAAUCAUUUGGUGAAUGUAAUACUAGUAUAAGCAGUGGUAAAGGCAAGAUAAGCUUGAUUGGUAUAAGAAGGCAAAAGACUGGGAGGUAUGGUGCUGUGAUUAGAGACACAAUUAGGCGUAAACAAGUAUGGUUAGGUACUUUUGACACUGUUGAAGAGGCUUCACAAGCUUAUUUCAACAAGAAGUUGGAGCUUGAGAAUGAGAAAUUAAACCAGCAGGGUAAUAAGGAGGACAGACCAGAAGAGAAUUGUGAUCAAAUUCAGCAGCCUGAGUCACCUGUUGUGCAAUGCUUGUCUAUGGCUAAUGAUCAAACCUCGGAUACUGCCUGUGUGAAUAGAAUCAAUUCUCACGAAACAACACGUAUCGUUGAGGUUCACAAGAACAAGAUGUCAGGGGAAGAACCCGGAUCUUCUAAAGAAACCACAUGUGGAAUGGCUAGUGUCCGUGGAACAGAAUCGUCUGUUGAAUGUAAUACUAGUACAAGCUGCAAUUCUAAAGGCGAGAUAAGCUUAAUUGGAGUGCGAAGGCAGAAGAAUGGGAGGUAUGGUGCUGUCAUUAGAGACACAAUUAGGCGUAAGCAAGUAUGGUUGGGCACUUUUGACACUGUUGAAGAGGCUUCACUAGCUUAUUUCUCGAAGAAGUUGGAGCUGGAGAAUGAAAACUUGAACCAGCAGGGUAAUAAGGAGAGUAAAUCGAAGGAGAAUAUUGAUCAAAUUCAGCAGCCUGAAUCACCUAGUGUGCAAUGCUUGUCUGUAGGUAAUGAUCAAAUUCAGCCGCCUGAAUCACCUAGUGUGCAAUGCUUGUCUGUAGCUAAUGAUCCAAUUCAGCAGCCGGAAUCACCUAGUUUGCAAUGCUUGUCUGUAGCUGAUGAUCAAAUUCAGCAGCCUGAAUCACCUGGUGCGCAAUGCUUGUCUGUAGCUAAUGAUCAAAUUCAGCAGCCUGAAUCACAUAGAGUGCGAUGCUUGUCUGUAGCUAAUGAUCAAAUUCAGCAGCCUGAAUCACCUGGUAUGCAAUGCUUGUCUGUAGGUAAUGAUCAAAUCCAGCCGCCUGAAUCAUCUAGUGUGCAAUGCUUGUCUGUGGCUAAUAAUCAAACCUUGGAUACUGCUAGUGGCACCGAAUCAUCCAAUGAGUGUAAUACUACAACAAGCUGCCUUCCUACAGAAAAGAGAAGCUUACUUGGAAUCCGAAGGCAAAAGAACGGGAGGUAUGGUGCUGUGAUUACAGACAAGAGAAGCUUACUUGGAAUCCGAAGGCAAAAGACCGGGAAGUAUGGUGCUGUGAUUACAGACAAAAUUAGGCAUAAGCAAAUAUGGUUGGGAACUUUUGACACUGUUGAAGAGGCUUCACAAGCUUAUUUCUCCAAGAAGUUUGAGUUUGAGAAACUAAGCCAACAGGAUAAUAAGGACAAUAAACCAAAGGAGAAUCUUGAUCAAAUUCAGCAGCCAGAAUCACCUGUUAUGCAAUGCUUGUCUAUGGCUAUUGAUCCGACCUUGGAUACUGCUGGUGUGAAUAGAAUCAACCCUCACGAAACAACACAUAUCGUUGAGGUUCACAAGAACAAUAUGUCAGGGAAAGAGCCCGGAUCUUCUAAAGAAACCCCAUGUCUGAUGGCUAGUGUUCAUGGAACAGAAUCAUCUGCUGAAUGUAAUACUAGUACAAGCUGCAAUCCUACAGGCAAGAUAAGCUUAGUUGGAGUGCGAAGGCAAAAGAAUGGGAGGUAUGGCGCUGUCGUUAGAGACAAAAUUAGGCGUAAGCAAGUAUGGUUGGGCACUUUUGACACUGUUGAAGAGGCUUCACAAGCUUAUUUCUCCAAGAAGUCUGAGCUUGAGAAGAAGAAAUUAAACCAGCAGCGUAACAAAGAUAAUAGAUCAAAGAAGAAUGGUGAUCGAAUUCAGCAGCCUGGAUCACCUGUUGUACUGGCGUCCUUGUCUGUGACCGAUGUUCAGGCCUUUGAUACUGCUAGUGUGGGUAUGAGAAAUGAAAGAAUCGAUUUUCACAAAACAACACAUAUCGUUGGGGUUCACAAGAGCAAGACGGCAGGGAAAGAACCCGAGAGUUCUAAAGAAACCUCAUGUCUAAUGGAUAACGUCCAUGACACAGAAUCGUAUGAUGAGGGUAAUACUACUACAAGUCGCGAUCCUACAGCCAAGAGAAGCUUACGUGGAAUUCGAAGGCAGAAGAGCGGGAGAUAUGGUGCUGUGAUUACAGACCGAAUUAAGCAUAAGAAAGUAUGGUUGGGAACUUUUGACACUGUUGAAGAGGCUUCGCAAGCUUAUUUGUCCAAGAAGUCUGAGCUUAAGAAAUUGGAGCGGCAGAGUGAUAAGGAGGAUAAACCAAAGAAGAAUUGUGAUCAAGUUCAGCAGCCUGAAUCACAUGUUGUGGCAUCCUUCCCUGUGGCUAAUCAUGAUCAAACCUUAAAUGCUGCUAGAGUGGAUAGAAGAUAUAAAAGAUUUGAUCCCCAUGAAACAGAAACACGAUACUUUAGGGUUCACAAGAGAAAGGGUUCAGGUAAGUACACAACUGAGAUUAGAAACCCAAUCAGUAAGAAAAGAAUUUGGCUGGGGACUUUUAACACUGCUGAAGAGGCUUCCCGGGUUUAUCAAUCUAACAAGCUCGAGUUUCAAAAACUAGUCCAUGCAAAGCGGCAAUGUAGUAAUGAACAAACUUUUUCUAAGCAAGAUGGGAAAUCAGAGAAAUUAGUCAAUAUCAAGCAAGGACAUGAAAAUGUAGAUAGUGAACUCGAAUCAGCUGGUGGAUCAGAAAUUGUUGUUCAGGUCUCAAAUUCAUCAAAUGGAGGAACCGAACAAAGGAUUCAUUCUCAUGAAAUAGGCACUUGUGAAGAAGCUUUCUAUGAUUAUCUGUCUAACAAAUUCGAUCUUCAGAUCUCAAACAAGGUUGAGCUGCAAAGCAAUAUGCCAACUGAUUCUAGUGCAAGGGAGGAGAAGCAAGAAGGUCAAGAGGAUGACGAAGAUUUAUGGAUGGGAGAAUGGGUGCAACUUCCAGGUAAUAGGGCAGUCAAAUUUUCCCUGAAACUUGGCUUACCAAUCAUCGAUAACUAUGGAUCUCUUUUAGGCGAAUUCAGCACAUUGGAUGAUCUCAGUAUUUGUAAAACUGAGGAUGGAAAUGAAACAUAACUCCGUUUUGCCUAGCUUAAAGUUUGGAAGUUUGUAAAUCACAAGAAGAUUUUGGGAUAGUAGUAAUAUGUAAGCUUCUUGCAAUUGUUGCUCUUAGUCGAUAUGAUACUGAUAUGUGGUUAUCUGCAUAAAAGCUAACGACAUGCUAUCCUUUUCUGUA